CAUCCUCAUCUUCAUCUUCAUCUCCAUCGUUGCCUUUCCGUUUCACGCGCCCCUCUAUCCAUACUCUGUACCAUUCUGCGGAGAAUUACCGCCUUAUCUUCCGCGCAUUGCUGCUGCGUAGGGGCACCCGUACCGCUCGUGCAGUAAAUCCGGGCAGUCGACCGUCUCGCCGUCCCACCCACCUCAAUUCAAUCUGACCGACCACCACCACCACCACCACCAUAUCACUCAGGCCGUACCAACCUGCGUCCUACUUACACCAAUUAACACCGUCACCACCUUGCCAUCAUUCCAUCCCUCGUGCGACAACAACCCCACAAGCGUCAGCCUCCACAAAGGCAAACAAAAGUCUAUCUAUCUGCGAGCAGCUCGGAAGUGACAGUGACAUCGCGGCGACUCCUUGCGUUGACAGCCACGGCUUCGACGUCGUAAAAGGAAUCACCGGCUCUUCGGUUGAUUGUUGCGGGAACUUGUUCGGGUGAGGAUGGCAACAACGACCUCCGUAUCGCCCACUACAAUCGAGCGGAACGGUUCACGACGAGGCCAAUCCCACUCGACACCGACAAGGUCGCAAUCAACAAGGACGAGGAGUACUGUAACACCUAGUCCGGGGCGUUCCAACUCUACCAGCCAUAAUCGAACAGCAUCGGCGCGUCACGGGGCUAUCGAGGAGAUCUUGCCGCAGGCCGACUAUGAGUCCUCGAACCUUCCACAAACAUCAAGAGUACCAAGUAAAGAUCAUCCACAGCAAUCUCGUGCAGAACCAGGGAGAAGCGCGUCCGGGCACCACCAUCACCGAUCCCAGAGUCGCUACUCAACAGAUAUGACGACAGCUACAGCAAAUAGUGGGGGACCAGCUCCCGUGGUAACCCCCACUGAAUCUAGGCAACGCCCUUCGGGGAAGUCGAGAACCACGAUACCGGCGCAGACAGGAAACUGGACCCUAGGCAAGACGAUAGGUGCUGGAAGCAUGGGCAAAGUCAAGCUGGCAAGGAGAGUCGAAGGCGGCGAGCAGGUGGCAGUCAAGAUCGUGCCGCGAGGCGCCGCGGACGAUGGACAUAAUCAAAGUCGAGCCGAUCGAGAACGAGCAGAGCGUUCGAAAGAAAUUCGAACAGCACGAGAAGCCGCCAUUGUCACUCUUUUGGAUCAUCCAUACAUAUGUGCAAUGCGAGAUGUUGUGCGCACGACUUAUCAUUGGUAUAUGCUUUUUGAAUAUGUCAAUGGCGGGCAGAUGCUGGACUACAUCAUCUCGCACGGAAAAUUGAAGGAGAAGCAGGCCAGAAAGUUCAGCAGACAAAUCGCCAGUUCUUUGGAUUACUGCCAUAGGAACAGCAUUGUUCAUCGAGACCUCAAGAUUGAAAACAUCCUGAUAAGCAAGACUGGAGAUAUCAAAAUCAUCGAUUUUGGCUUGAGUAAUCUAUUUUCCCCGCAGAGUCAUCUGAAGACGUUUUGUGGGAGCUUGUACUUUGCGGCACCAGAAUUGUUGCAGGCCAAGGCAUACACUGGGCCUGAGGUAGACGUUUGGAGUUUUGGCAUCGUGUUAUACGUUCUGGUCUGUGGCAAAGUGCCGUUUGACGAUCAAAGCAUGCCCGCCUUGCAUGCAAAGAUCAAGAAGGGCAUUGUGGAUUAUCCUAAUUGGCUCUCACCCGAGUGCAAGAACCUCAUUUCGCGAAUGCUUGUAACUGACCCGAAGCAGCGUGCAAGCCUGCAGGAGAUAAUGAACCACCCCUGGAUGAUCAAGGGAUUCGGAUCACCACCAGAGAACUACCUACCUCACCGCGAGCCUCUUCAAUUACCGCUCGAUCCAGCCGUCAUUCAAGCAAUGACUGGCUUUGAUUUUGGGGCUCCAAAUGUGAUCGAAGCUCAGUUGACGGAGGUGAUCGAGUCACAGGCUUACCAACGUGCCGUACGACUGGCUAUGCAAGAGAAAGAGUUGCAAUCGGCUCCCAAAGACCCAGAAAAGAAGAGGGCAUUCAAUUUCGAUUUCUACAAGAGACGUAACUCUUCAACAAGCCGGGAUAAUCUCACAGCUCCAAGUCUAGAAGGCUUGGCGCUUGGCACGGAUCCAGUCAAUGCUUAUCAUCCCCUUAUUUCGGUGUAUUAUCUUGUGAGGGAAAAGCAGGAGCGCGAUCGACGCAACGCAAAUGCAGUGGUUACAGGCGUGCCACGAUCGCCAGGUGAAGCGCCGCUUCAAAUGGCCGACCUCGCUGCGCCGAAACCAGCCCACACAAACGCCGCAACUUACGAGAUGCCUGGCGAGCAGGCAACGGGAGGACGAUCACGACCGCGCGCUCGGACUCACGGAGAGGACGAAGUCGUCGACGCGGUCAAGCAUAUCAAGAUUUCUGGAUCCAGCAAUCCGGCGUCCCCUGCAAUCGUCGAACCCCCACCCGAACCACCACGUAAAGAAAGCACUGCAGCCGGUAUUCUACGGCGAUUCAGCACGAGAAGACGGAAAGAGCCAUCUACUGACCGGUCCCACCCUCCCGUCGUCACUGUGCAAUCACCACACGAACCUAGCACACUGAGAAAGAGCUUCAGCGUUCGCCGAACGCGUGAACCUGCCUCCGAUGAUCAUCCUACCUCGGCGCUUCGUUCUGGCAGCAGCCAACCUCAGCACCGCGAUCUUUUGACACCUCCAGGGUCUGCCAAUAACUCUCGAGGUCCGAAAGCUUUGGGGAGAUCAACGAGUGUCAACUCGGCCGAUUUUCGAAGAAAAGAGAGUCGACGAGCGCCUCCGGAGGCACCUCCUCCUGUCUCUCACAAAGAGCCACCUCCACCUCCGACCAGUGGAUCUGAUCAUUCAACUGUGAACGAGAUCUCGUCACGUGAUGGCGAGAAUCAAUCUCACUUGAACCCUAGAGCUGCUGCUACUACGAGAACCAAGUCGCUUGGUCAUGCCAGACGAGAGAGCAUCCAAGCACGUCGUGCACGGAGGGAAGAGGCACGGGAAGCCAAUGUGCCCGAGGAGACAGAUUUAGAACUUGGCGAUGCCAGCGGAAUGUCAACGGAGCGCGUUGAGAGUGCCGAGAAUGUGAAGCCGGUAUUCCUGAAAGGCCUCUUCAGCGUUUCGACGACAUCAACAAAGCCGAUCCAAGCAAUUCGCGCCGACAUUAUCAGAGUUUUGAAGCAAUUGGGCGUAGAAUAUACAGAAAUCCGAGGUGGGUUCAGUUGUCGACAUACACCUAGCAUUGAUCUCCAGAAGGUAGUCGAUCUACCUCCAGGUAGUCAUAGUAACCAGACGCCUGGUCAUCGCCGCAAAAUAAGCCUCGGGGGAUUUAUGACUGGAAGGAACAGCCAAGAACGAGACCGCGAAGAUUUUCGUGAGGUGGAGAAGUCACCGCGCACAGCUCGAGGCCCAGGCCGAUCUCGUGCAGACACGACCUACACCAACUCUGACGUCUCGGACGAGAGCGUAGGCCGUGAUGGCCACGGAUCCUCUGCGCGCGCAGUCGGUGAAACGAGCACGCAUGUGCAGAGCGAGCUGGGCGGAAGCAUGAUCCUCGAGUUCGAGAUCUUUAUCGUCAAAGUUCCUCUCCUCUCACUUCACGGUAUACAGUUCAAGAGAUUGGCGGGUGGAACCUGGCAGUAUAAGAACAUGGCCGACCACAUUCUAAGGGAUCUGAGGCUUUGAUCUGGUGACCCCCUGACACCCGUUGUAACUGGACGAAACAACUAGAAGAUUCAGGAAGAUAAAGAUGGAGGUGUAGGAUUGGACUGAAGGCGGCACGGCCCUUCUUUUAUUAUCUGGGGGCGGGCAUUAAAGCGCAUAUACACGUACUAUGCUUUUGAGUGCUUGAUGGAUGGUUGGAGGGUGUUGCCUCAUGUAGGAUGAAGUCGAGGGAUUUGUGGAGGGGUCGUACAUUUCAGACUCGUUCUUAGCUAGUUGAUGGCCUGGAAGGGUUGGCCACCAUAGGAACGAAGGCGGGGUUUAGUAAAAUUUAAGAUUAUUCAGGAAA